GAAAUUGAUCCUCUAGCCGAUGCUCUUCCACCACGUUACGCCAUCGAGUCCGAUGACGAAGACGAAUACAACCCACUAGCCACCCAACGAGCUGACCAGGAUCAGAUUGUAAAAAUAAAAUUUGAGGGUCAGUUUACCACUGGCUGUCCCCUUGUCAUUGCAUCGGGCCCUGCAGGAAACUUCUGGGCUGAUGGCGCAGACCUUGGGGAACAGCAGGGCGCAAUCUUCGUCAACAAUAAUCAGGUGGGAUUACUUUUUAAGCACUCAUCAACCCGCACGGUUGUACUGGUAUCCGAGGCCACUACGACAUUGCCGUUAUGGUCCAUGAACAUGUAUGCGAAUAAUAUCCUGGAUCGCCUCCAACCAUCUGCAAUUUCCAUCCUCGAUAUGUAUUCCAUACCAAGCUACAUUUCAUCAGAGCCCUUGCCUGUGCAUGAGGCGCCCGUUCGCUAUUUGUCUCUACAGAACAUAUCCUUGGAUCCCUUCCAACAUUUUGCGCCUCCAAAUAUUCUCCAGUCGACGUCGGCGGCAUUUAUGUCCGCGAUGACCAUACGCUCUCUACUUUUGUCCUAUCAAAAUAAUGCAGUGAUUUUACUGCUUCCGUCACCAGAGACACCCCACACCACGCCAUCUAAACUAUUAACUAAUAGUAGACUUUCACGAGCUUCAGGGGAUCAAGCAUGGUCUGUUGAAAUGAUGGUGGAAGUGGACGAAAGGUUGUUUGGGGUGGUUGGUGCGAAACGAUCCGGUACUUGGGCACUCGGACUCGGAAGUACACCGGCAGGGAGUACAUUUUGUUCGUCAAAAAAGAGGCAGAACCUUGCGGAGGUUGGUGAGGGCAGCAUGUACAUAUGA